UCUGCCCCUCGUCUCCCCUCUCCAUUUCUCAAUCUGCAACAACUCGUCUCAUCGGUCCAAGUACAUAGCCAUCAUGUCAGCCCCCUUCAGCAAGCUCCCCUCCGCGGCGAGGGUCUCCCCCGUUCCCUUCAGCGUGUCCGUUCCCGAUGAUCAGUUGGCCGAUCUAAAGUCUCUGGUCCAACUGUCUCGAAUCGCCCCUCCCACGUUCGAGAAUUCGCAGCCAGAUGGUCGCUUUGGCAUUACCUCUGAAUGGCUAUCGACCAUGCGAGAGAAAUGGUUGACGGAGUUUGACUGGCGAGCAUUUGAAGCUCGGAUGAAUGAAUUCCCUCAGUUCACUGUCGACAUUGAGGGCAUUAAUGUGCAUUUUGCCGCUCUUUUCUCUGAACGAGAGGAUGCUGUGCCCGUGGUGUUGCUUCAUGGGUGGCCAGGCAAUUUCGCCGAAUUCCUCACCAUCCUCCAGCUCUUCCGCGAGGAGUUCUCCCCGGAAACCCUCCCCUAUCAUCUCGUUGUUCCCUCAUUCCCUGGGUACACCUUCUCUUCUGGUCCUCCGUUGGACAAGACUUUUGGCCUGGCUGACAUGGCCUGCGUCGUGGAUCAGCUGAUGAAGGACCUCGGGUUUGGCAGUGGCUAUGUGGUGCAGGGAGGGGAUAUCGGUGCCUUUGUAGGACGGGUGCUAGGCGUGGGAUUCGAGGCUUGCAAAGCGGUGCAUUUGAACAUGUGCCCCAUGCCAUCUCCUCCAGGGGGCAUGUCAAUCGAGAGCUUGACAGCUGUUGAGAAGCGGGGAGUCGCGCGGAUGGAGGAGUUCGUGACCAGAGGCUUGGGGUAUGCCCUAGAGCAAGGGACUCGACCCAGUACGAUUGGCCAUGUACUGGCCAGUAACCCGAUCGCUUUGCUCGCCUGGGUUGGCGAAAAAUACCUCCAAUGGGUGGACAAGCCUCUGCCGUCUGCGACGAUUCUCGAGAUGGUGACACUCUACUGGCUUACUGAGAGCUAUCCGCGGGCAAUCUACCCCUAUCGUGAGACCACGCCUCUCCCCCCAAAUGCGACCGCGAGGCUGGGCAAGGAACUAUAUAUCCACAAGCCGUUCGGGUACUCGUACUUCCCCAAGGAGAUUGUCCCGGUUCCUCGGAGCUGGGUUGCCACGACGGGCGAUCUCGUAUUCUUCCGGGAUCAUGCUGAGGGCGGACAUUUUGCCGCGCUGGAGCACCCCCGCGAGCUCAAGGCAGAUUUAGUGGCGUUUGUUGAGCAGGUGUGGCAGAAAUAGGAUUCAAGGGAAUGUCAUGAUGCUCAGAUAGUUCAUUUGUCCAAAUUGCACUCCAAAU